AGCAAACAAAAAGCAAACUGGAGUCAGAUGUGCAAUACUGGAAGGAGAGGCAUUCUGUAUCCAGGCUUUGCUGGGUCCAGCUAUACAGCACAGACGUAGCCUGAGAGGAUACAUGAAAACACCUGGAAACAGAGAAGUACUGUAACAUCAGGGGUGAAAGAGAACUUCUGGACCUACGUCAGAAAGGACAUCCAUAGCCUGAGAAGGACUUUACCUGAAAUAAGAAUUAAGGGAGACAAAUUUAAUGCACAAAGGCCACAUCCUUCUCCUUCCUGGGAAAAGAUGGUGUACAAGGUGCUUCAGAAAGCAUUCAUUUCCUUUGUCCUAAUUUUCAUUCUUGGAAGUUUUCUUUCUGGGGUAUUCUACAGGCGGCAAACAAAAAUGACUCCUAAGGAAUACUGGCCCAUGAAUCAAGUUUAUCUCAAAGACAUACUGAACGCUACAUGCCUGAUGAACAAUCUCUCUCUUUCAAAAAGAAACCUGACACAUGAUGUUGCAAGACAGAUCUUUGUGGAGCAUAACCACAAGUUCAUCUACUGUGAGGUGCCCAAGGUCGGCUGCUCCAGUUGGAAGAAAAUUAUCCUUCUCCUCACAAUGAACCUGAGCAGAAAGGCUAGUGAAGUACAACACAGCCUCAUCCACCUUACCCCACUGAUAAAGAGGCUGAGUAUUUACCCUUCUGACUACCAGGAGAAAUUACUGAACAGUUACACCAAAGUGAUGUUCACCAGAGAUCCCCUGGAACGGUUGGUUUCAGCUUACAGAGACAAGUUCCUUCAUUCUGAGCCAUACUAUAGUAUCACUGUUGCAAAUGAGAUCAAGGCCAUGUUCAGGAAAAACAAAAAUUCAACUGAAAAUGUGACUUUCCAGGAGUUUAUUAACUUUAUUCUGACACAAAAACAAGAAUAUUUGGAUGUUCAUUGGAAACCAAUGUUUCUACUCUGUGAUCCUUGCAACAUUCACUAUAACAUCAUGGGGAAGUUUGAGACAUUGGAGGAAGAUUCUAAACAUGUUCUCAGGAUCAUUGGAGCCCCAGAGGAUAUGCACUAUCCACAUCUUAAAACAUAUAGCUCAGAGAAACGUACGACUGAUGAUAUUACCUUGGCAUAUCUCAGAAAGCUGAGCUCAGAGCAAAUUCAAAAGAUCAAGAAGCUGUACGAGAUGGAUUUUGCCUUGUUCAACUAUUCUUAUGAUUUGAAAAUGAACCUUUAUGAGAAUGUUAUAAUAUGAAGAGAGAGGCCAUUUUAUUCAUAUAAAAUCAAAUGAACUUUCCACAAAGAUAAUUUUGUGGAAACAAUGAAGGUAGCAGCCAAGUACUGUUAUUGUUUGAUAGCUCACUAGAAGAUUUA